AUGUAUAGGCAGGUAGCUCUACUUUUCAGCGCCGCCCUGUUGGGCUUGGCACAUGCCCAAUACCCUCCCAUUACAGCGCGCCCCGGGCCACAGUCGACAGCUGUCCCCGGGAGGAUUGCCAAGCGUCAGGAUAACGUAAAGAAGACUAUUGAGAUUCAUCGGAACUAUGGGGCCCCUAUUGGCGUGGACACGCAAUACCUCACUAUGGACGGCAGUAGCACCAAGUGGAUCGGUGUUGACACGGCGUUCCUAUCGGAAGAGACCCGUACCAGUACCGUUGACAACGUUGAGACUACGACUGUCGUCAAGCCACAGCUGGCUGUCGUCACUGCAACAGUGGCCUCGGAAGGAGUCGAAGUCGGUGAUGUCACGGUCCUCAUGUCCGACGCGGUCCAAGACGAACUGGAUGCCCUAAUUAAAGAUGCCGCUGCGUCUUGCGGCGCUGGGGCCAAGCUAAGGAAGCGCGAUGCCAUGAGCUGCAUGAUCAAUGCCAUACAAGGAGCUGCCCAAAACGAUGAAACUCUCGGCCUCGUCAACCCGGCAGAAUGGGACGGCUUUGCCCUCGAGAUCGCACAAAACGCACCCGAGAUCCUGGGCGCCGCCUUCCAGGUCCUCAAGACGCAGGCGCAGAAGAAUAAAUUCGCGGUCAUGAUGGCUGCCGCGGCCACAGCUGGGGCUCUGGUGGCGACUGAACCCAUUGUCGAGGCCGCUCACAAGUUCGUCUUUGACGAUGGCCUGUUUGGGUAUCCGGCGGGAAAUUCGGAUGGCGGGAAUGAUGACGAUAAUCCAUCGCCCACGGAGCAAUCGACAGCCUCAUCGUCAACUUCGUCGUGUGAUCCGUCAGCUACCGUUGACGAGAACUCGCCAGCCUGCGAUGACCCGGACUGCAAGGGGGAAGAGAAAAUCUGCCAGGCAGAGGGUGAGAAGAAGAACUGCCCUUGCGCCAACUGGACCAAAAAGAUGGUCGAAGGUCUCUUUGAUAGAGCCUGGGCCGACGAGCAACAGAAGAUCCUUCAGGAACUCGAGGCCGGGCUGCCAGACGUUAUCCCUCCCCAAUGUUUCCGCAACGACCACGGCAACGGCUUCGACGGCCAGCCAAGGGCCGAGCCAUCCGCCUUCUGCCAUUGCUCGAGUGCUGGGAGUGAAGGUGGGAUGAUUCAGGGUAACUUCCCCACCAUGUCAGGAGAGGGCGACAACGCAUGCACAUACUCCACGAUGCCGACCGAAACGAUCAGCAUCACUAUGAGGCCGACGGAGACUGCAGUCACUUCCUGCAGAAUGGAGUCAAGCUAUGGUUUGGAUCCAUAUUGCACAUGUAACGAUGACGCGAUGCAUGGCGAGAUUGUAACGACAUACCUCGGCAAGGAAACAAUUGUCUGUCCUGACGCGACCGCCACCAUGACCGGGAUCAACCCCGGCAUGCCCACCGAGGAACCGUCUUGCUAUCCUACCCACGGGGCCCCUCACGACAAUCCGGACCUGGAUGAGCUCAUCAAGCUUUGUGGAGCGGGCAUGCCAGAGUUUGCUGCUGUCUGCCGAACAGACGCGAGCAGUGACCAGGGUAUCACAGUCCGUUGUCCCGGCGGGGGCGGGUCGCAGAGGCUUCCCAUUAACAACAACCACUACCGAGCCUGGUUCGAAAAGGCGGACGACGCGCCCGAAGAUUGCAACUAUCUUUUUAAUCAGGGCGGUUCCGAUAAUGAUGAUGAGGUGGGCGUUCGGGUUGAUGCCCUCUGCAUUCCAGUGUUCGAGGCUAUUAGAGACAAGUGCACGUGGAAUGGAGGUGAGGCUAAGAACCAGUGCGGGACGUUUAAGUAUCAGUCCUGCUCUUGGAAGUCUGGGGGAUGUAAGGUGGGGUCACCUGGUGGCUAA